CUGUUAUUUCGUUUUUAUGAUGUUGAAUUAACUGGAUCCGUCGCGUUUGUCACGCGCGAAAGCGAUUUAUAUGUAAGCCUAAUUUUAUUGUAUUUUGUUGAUAAUUGCUCUACAUAUUUAUUGACUUUCGGCGGUGAUUGCGCUGAAAAAACAAUGGAGAACGAUCCAAAUCAACAGUGCUUGACUUCCACCGUUCAGCUAGAGGUCAGCAAUGCACCUUGGUCUUACCGAAGUCAGUUCGAUCCUGUUGCCCAUGGACUAGACGCCAAUUUCCGAUUAACGAAGUUUUCCGAAUUAAGAGGAUGAGGGUGUAAAGUCCCCCAAGAGACCCUACAAAAGCUCUUGGAGGGACUAGAUCAAGAUGGUUUUAUCCACGAUGUGGAAGAGCAAUCACAUUUCAUGCAGAUGCCGAUUACAAGGAUCGGCAUCGGUAUGGAUUGCAGUGUCACGCCUCUGAGACAUGGUGGAUUAUCUCUCGUCCAGACAACAGACUUUUUUUACCCUCUUUGUGAUGAUCCUUAUUUAAUGGGUAGAAUAACAUGUGCAAAUGUUCUUAGUGAUUUGUAUGCAAUGGGUGUCACUGAGUGUGAUAACAUGUUAAUGUUGUUGGCUAUUAGUAGUAAGAUGACAGGAGUUGAAAGGGAUGUAGUCAUUCCCAUCAUAAUCAGAGGCUUCAAGGAUUGUGCGUAUGAGGCAGGAACAAGGAUUACAGGUGGGCAGACGGUGCAGAAUCCAUGGUUAACAAUUGGUGGUGUUGCAACAACAGUUUGUCAACAAAAUGAGUUCAUAGUUCCUGAUAAUGCUGUAGUUGGUGAUGUCCUGGUUCUGACUAAGCCUCUAGGUACACAAGUUGCUGUAAGUGCCUACCAGUGGCUGGAUGUACCGGAAAGGUGGAACCGAAUCAAAUUAGUUAUCACCCAGACUGAUGUUCAGAAAGCUUACCAGAGGGCGGUGGACGUAAUGUGCCGCCUGAACAGAAUCGCCUCCCGCCUUAUGCACAAAUACAAUGCACAUGGAGCUACGGAUGUCACAGGUUUUGGAUUGUUGGGACAUGCAGAAAACUUGGCCAAAAUACAGAAAAACGAAGUUAGUUUUGUCAUCCACAAUCUUCCAGUCAUUGCAAAGAUGGCAGCUGUAGCAAAAGCUUGUGGAAACACCUUUCAACUUCUUCAAGGUCGCUCUGUCGAAACAUCUGGUGGACUUCUAAUUUGCCUUCCUCGUGAACAAGCUGCUGCGUACUGUAAGGAUAUCGAGAAGCAAGAGGGUUUUCAGUCAUGGAUUAUUGGAAUAGUUGAAAAAGGUGAUCGCACUGCCAGGAUUAUUGAUAGACCAAGAGUGAUUGAAGUUCCAGCUAAAGAGAAGGAUGGCGAGCUUUGGUAGAACCCUCAUUUUUAGAUGCUCGUUUAGUGAUCAUUCCAUGCUUAAAUAUCUGAUAACAAUUAAUGCUAUACAGAAUUAGGAAUCCAGUCUGAAGUAUCAUUGUUUGUUCAGAGUGGUGGAUGUGGGCUGUAUUGCCUUUUUUGUUAUCAUUUUUCCUUCAAAAAAAAAAAGCAUUUGAAAUAUCUGAUUUCUGUAAGCGCUGUAUAGAACUGUGAUUCCAUUCCAUGUAAAUCUUAAGAACAGAAAUGGAGGAUGUUAUCUGUAUUGUCGCUUUACUCUUAUCAUUUAUUUAAUAAAUGCUGAUUUGGAAUCAUUUGCAAGAGUUGUAUCUUGAUAUGUACUGUCUUUUAAAUUGUAUCUAGUAUUUAUAUUAAAAUUUUUCAUCUAUGUGUAAUAAGUUCUUGAUUAUUCAUUUAAAGAGACAAACUUUUUCUUCCUUGUUAGUUUUAUUCAAUCAAGGAUUGAUGGGAAAUCUUUCGAUCUGACCAUUUUAAAAUCAAGAGCUAUCUUUUUAAUCAAUUCUGUAUUAAUCAUUAAUGUAAGUAAAUUAAAUUUUAAUAGAGUUGAGGAUUAUCUUUUUCUAAGAAAGUUAAGAAACUGCAAUUUGGUUAAGCACUUGAUAUACUUUUCAAAUGUGAAUAAUUUACAAGUCAUUAAACUCUUAUUAGCUUUACUAUAUAUAUUAAAACCUCAUAAAAUAUGAACUGCUUUCCAAAUGAGGUAAGUUGAUCCUUCAAAAUAAAUUAUAAAAAUUCAUCUACCUUUUAUCUUUUAUUUAUUUUUCGGGAUUCAAAAUCUCUUCUUUAUACUUGAACAUAUUUGAAGUAAUUGAGACUUGUUUCAUUGGGAGCUUGCUCUUAUAUGAGAAUAUGGUAAUAAUUUAUUUUGAAUAUUAAUUCAUGUUAUUUUGUAAUACAAAUGUGUUAUUAUUAUGUAGAAAAUACAGAAUUAUUGACAUCUUUUGAAAAACAGUAAAUACUACAUUAAGCAUGAAGGAUAUUUUACUACAUACUUGGUGCCUAUUUAAAGAUAAAAUAUAUUGAAUUUAAUGUUUCAGAUCAAGAUGUGAAUAAUCAGUUGAAGUUAUGCAUAUCUCUGGUGAAUGUGAAAUUUAGGAGAGUAUUAAAUUAGUAACAUGAUGUUUUGUAUCAUAAAAAUGGAAUGUAUUAGACAGGAAGUUAUUGACUUGAUGUUUUGAAAAAGUGUCCUGGAAGUAGGUAAAAUAAUGAAAAUAAAGUAAUUAAUUUCGAAGAGUACUGCUAAGAGGAAUUUAUCACAUAUAUUACUUUUAAGGUGUUAAAUUCUUCAUUUCAUAAGAUACCUACCUAUUUCUUGAUAUAAUAAGUUAAGUCAAAAUAUAAAAUUGUAAAUUAAUCAUUUAAAAGUAAGUUAAAAAAGUAACUUAAAAAAUUUUUGCAAUAAAAUCUGUAAUGGGUUUUUUGGAUCUCUCGAAAGAAGGAAACUUUUAUGUGAUGCGAGAAUAAAAAGAAUUGAAAUUAAAAUGGCAUUGUUUCUAUAUCAGGAGAAGGGCUUUUAUUUUUAAUUUAACUCUCAAUCUUAUUAAGUUUGUAGAAUAGCUAGUUAAUUCCUCAUGUAUUAUUAGAUUUUUAUUACAAUACUUAUGAAAACUUAAAAGACUUCCAAAAUGAUUAAGUGUAAAAAUGAUUCAAUUUAAAUGUAAAUGCAAUCUUUGAGUUUCUACUUAUGGAAUUGUCACAGCUUUCAGUAUCAAAAAUAUUAUAACAUAAUACACAAACUAGAUUCAUCAUUCAUAAACGAUUGAUGUUUGACAUUUUUAUUAAUUUAUUGCAUGCUUUAAGAAAUUUCCUUUUUGUUGCAAUUGAUAUUUUAUGUGAUAUUUGAAUUAUAUCUCUUAAAUGUAACAACUAUUUUUUGUUAUUAUUUAAACUUCAUCUAGACAUAGUGCAAGCUUGAAAAUUUUUCAAAAAUUAUAUCUUGUUUUCUGAGAAGUGGCUGUCGGAGAAAUAUUGAAAGACAAAACUUUCGAAUCCACUUAUAUGUUUGUUUUGACAGAUUGAAUGCUGCAGGAUGCUCUUUUAAGUCUUCUAAAUAAAAAAGUAUUUUAAUCUCU